AUGGCCCUCGUAGUGCUGGACGCAGCCAACGUGGCAACGAUCACCGCCGGCAACCUCCAGAUCGACCGCGUGCGCGCCGCCUUGGACUACUUUGCGCGCCUCCAGCUGCGCUGCGUGGCGUUCGCACCGCGCUACUGGCUCGAUGGCACCAAGUACUUUCAGGACGAGGCGAGCUUGGAGAAAGUGCGGGCGCUCGUGGCCGAGGCCAAGCUCGUGCUCACACCGCCGCAAGCCCACGACGACUACUACGUGAUUGACUAUGCGAUCAAGCACGACGGCUUUGUCGUCACGAACGACAUGUUUCGCGACCACUGCAUGCAAAAGCGCCGCUUCCAUGGCCAAGUGCUCACGUCCGCGUGGGUCAAGAGCCACUGCAUCGACUUUACCUUUGUCGUGGACGAAUUCUUGCCCAACUCGCAGCUCAUGGACAAGGUGCAACGCGCCACCAAGUCGGGCGGCGACAACGCGCGGACCACGUUGACGCCGACUGCCACGACAGAUGCAGCAUCACCCACCGAACCGCAUGCACAUGCAGUCGGCGAGAGUGCCAAUGACGACAUGAUGAUGGUCGACGACGACGACACCACGGCGGCCAAUGCGUCCAACACGCGACGCCGCGUCGAUCUCUCGGAGGCUGUCUACAUUCAGAUCCCUAUGGACAUUGUCGAGCUUCUCCACGCCAACGACGAUGCGGGGCUCAAGCAUUUCAUGGACAUGUCGGGUACGUACAUUACGCUGGGCAAGGCGCCGCCGCGCGGGCAGACCAACGUGACGCUGUGCAUCCACGGGUCGCGCGAGCACUGCGAGAUCGCCAUGCACGCGGUUCACGCCUUCUUGCACGACUACGUAGCGCAGCAGCAACAACAACAAGCGCACGAGCAAGCGCUUCUGCAGCAACAAGCGCACGAGCAAGCGCUUCUGCAGCAACAAGCGCACGAGCAAGCGCUUAUGCAGCAACAAGCGCACGAGCAAGCGCUUCUGCAGCAACAAGCCGAAGCACUGAGGCUGCAAGACUACCAGCGGCAGUUGGAAUACCAGCAUCACAUGCAACAGUACCAGCAGCAACAAUACAUGUACCAGCAGCAGCAGCAACAACAACACCACCACCACCAACCACACCAGCAGCAGCAGCACCCAGCCGUGGCACAGUACACGCAACCCUAUCCGUCGUCGUGGCCGCAUCAGACAACCAUGUAG